UUGCGCCAUGACCCCCCAAACCCUACUGCCUUCAAGGGCUGCAGGGGUUGUGUGACGUGAUCAACAAAGAUCUAGCCGCCAAGUACGCCACAGCCACCCCCGCUCGUGUGGUGGUAGCGGAAGCAGCUGACGAUGGGCCACAGUGAACACGACGCGUGCCUUCAAAAGUCGGGCUGGUUGGACAAUUCCGCGACCGACGCCUCCCGCGGGCAUCUCCUCUUCGCUGUCGUCGGCUUUUCGUACAUCUUUGCCCUGGACGCCCUCUUGCAACCGGUGGACUACUGGCGCCUUCUCUUUCCAACGUUCAACGCCGAGUUUCAAAUUUCCUGGGUGUACACCGGGUCGUGUGUUGCAACGCUGGUCGGGCUCUUGUGGCUCGCCACGGCGGCGCCACGCCUCGAGCGUCGAAUUGUCCGCGGCUUCACUGUGUUGCUCGUGUGUAUGACCAUGUUGCCACUGUCGCAUUUUGUGUUGGGGACGACAAUGCAGCACCUGGUGAUGGUGCUCGCAUCAGCGGCAGCUCUGGGAGUGGCAAUUGCAACAACUGACAGCAGCAUGUUUGCUCUGGCGUCACUGUAUCCAACGAGCGGCGCCGUCGAGCACGUGCAGCUAGGUAUUGGCUUGUCCUUGCUUGUCUCGGCGCUCUAUCGUGAUUCGUCCAAAGCUAUCUUCGAGUCGGACAAGGUCGUACCGGCCACCAUGUUGUACUUUGGGAUUGCGCUUGCCACGAUUGGAUUGGGUUUUGUGGCGUUUUUGCAGCUCGUGCAGCUGCCACGGACCCAGCAGUGCCUCAACGACCAAGUCUCGCACCCAGCCAUGGCCGGCACCGCGGUUUGGCGAAAGAUCUGGCGCCACGAAGCUAUCGUCGCGCUGACGUACAUGACAACUUACUCGGUGUACCCUGGUGUGAUUACGUCCAUUCCAUGCUACAAUGACUACCAAGACGGAUGGUUGACAAGCACUGGCUGGUGGCCACUCGUUUUGAUGACGUGUUACGCCGUGAGCGAGCCGUUGGGUCGGUUUUGUGUGCGGUGGCGACUUGGUUUCACGUACGAGACGGUGUGGAUGCUGGCAGUGCCCCGGCUCGUGCUCGUUUUGCUCGUUGGGUGCUCUGCCAAAGGCAUAUGGUUCCCCCACGAUGCGUUUUCGGUGGUGUUAGUGCUGACGCUUGGCUUUACCAACGGGUAUGUCGGCACGCUGGCGCUAGUCGUCGUCAACGAUGUCGUGGAUGUGCACGAGCGAGCUUUCACCGGCAUGUGCGCGACCCUGACCAUCAACACGGGUAUCUUUGCCGGGUCGACGCUUGGUCUCAUUGCUGCUAAAGUGUUGGAUUUUUAAGCAGCUACCCACGACCCAAGAGCGGCAAACCACCGAAUCAACGAAUGACUCGGUUAGCUCACUCGGAACCUCGUUUCCAGCGGGCUGUAAGCAAAGGACUUUUGCUGAAACCAAUGAAAGUAAAUACAGUACGCCCAGGACAGCUUUCCGCUUGCCAGUCCUCGUGCAUGGAUGCCACCUCGAUGCAAUUGCGAA